UGGCAAGCUACUCGACGUGCUCGCCGUCGCCCGCAUCCUAGCUUAUGAAUGGGACAGAUCACGCUGAGCAUGAGGCCCGCCCAGGGUCCCGCCUGUCUCUCGACUUGUCCGACGAUGGCGAGGACGUCCAGGAAGACCAUCCAGGCGACUACUCCACGCGCUUCGAGGAACUCAUGAGCGGUUCGGAAGAUGGGACCGAGGACCACGUUGGUCAUGAGGAUGGUUCGGAUGAGGACGAGGAGUUUGUCUACAACGGUGUGGACGCGGGACCGUCAGGAACGUACCGUGAACAGCUGCAGGACGUGCUCGGCUCUGAGCAUGAGGACGAUGAGAUUGAGGAGCGGCAAGUUGAGGUGUCUCUGCUGAAGCGAGUGGAGGAGAACGAGAAGUUUGUCGCACUCAUGGAGGACGAGGCACGGCGUCCUGAGGUGCCGUCCGACGGUUCACUCUCACCUCCUGCGAUCGCCGUCUCUGGCGUGUUCACGCCCCCGAGGAUGGCCGAGACACAUACUGCGAGCUCCACACCGAAGCUAUCACGACCAUUCUUGCAUCCCACCAUCUCUCGACUGCGAUCCGCGACCCCACAAGCAUCGCGAGUACCUUCCAACGGCAGUGUUGGCACCAUCUACUCCCAUGCACAUGAAGACGGUUCAGGUCCUGCUUCUCAUUUUUCUGCUCUGUCAAGGACAUCUUCGUCGGUACAUCUUCCGGCCAGCCCUGCCCACGGAGCUUCCAAACAGGACAUCUCGCAGAGCCGGGACGUAUUCCGCUGGACACACUUACGACGCAUUAGCGAGUACUUGUAUUCCAAUCAGCCCCAGAAGGCGUCUGCGUUACUGGGCACACAGCCUCCUGGAUCGCCAACCGUCAUUGCGGCGAAUGGUCUAAUAUGCGUAGGCACGGACACGGGCAGGAUUCUCGUAUUUGACUUCCAACAGAACCUUCGUUGUAUAUGUGGUUCGGAGGCACCGGAUAAGGCAGUGGGACCUGUGACUGCUCUGGCGCUUUCGUUCGACCAUACCUACGUCGCUGUUGGCCAUGCGACAGGUCACAUUCAGUUGUUUGACUUGAGCACACCAAAGGCGCCAGCACGUUUUGUCCCACCUACUCACGUCGCCGAAGUAGCGUCCGGAAGACGGGAAGGACAUCUUGCGGGCUCCCGGAUUGUGAGCAUCGGAUUCGUCGCAGGGAGGCAUACCGCGAUUGUCUCGGCCGAUGACCAUGGCCUCGCGUUCUACCACACGCUUGGCAAGAUCCUGUUUGUGGAAGCCCCAGACGUUCUCCGCAUACUGGGUAAAUAUCCUGAGGAGGAUCCCAUUCCAACGCCGCCUCAUGCGCCACCGGGCACCCAUCCGUUCCGACGACGCAGAUCACGGAAGGCAGGUACAAUACUCGGCAUGGCGCCCCUGCCGCUCGGUACUGCCUCCCAUGAGACAGACGCAUACAACCUCAUUGCCCUCCUGACGCCUAUCAAAUUAGUCGUAGUAGGGCUGCGACCAUCCCCAAGAACAUGGUACAGACGGCAUCGCGAGGCGGAUGAAGUAUCGUCGAAGUCAAGAUUCAAGGGCUGUCUGGCUUGGUUCCCCAGCAUCAUUCCGGACUCAGGUUCACAGAGUUCGUCAGAGCGUACCAGUCAGAAGACACCGGCAAAUGGCACGAAGACUGCGGCGACCACCCCGAUGCUCGUUUACUCAUGGGGCAACACAAUGAGCUUGAUUCGUGUCUCGGAGACGAGGGUCAAGGAACAGACGCGCAAUCCCAAAACUGGGAAGAUCACGUCGGUAGAAGUUGGCAGGCUCACAUUUGAGGAGGCGGGGAGCUGGUCUGCAAAGAACGAUGUUCUCGCUCUGCAGUGGUUGAAUGUCAAUCAAAUCAUUGUCCUCACCGGUCAUCAUCUGGAAGUCUACGAUGUCCGCGCUUUCAAGGUCGUCGAACGCGUCGACUAUGAUUCCUGGACGCUUGUCUCUCCGACGUUGAGCCACACCACGAAUGGCUCGGUUUCAUAUUCCGACGCGGUCACCGAGGUUGCCCACAGCUUCCGAGUUUACAAGGGCAAGAUCUUCAUCUUGGGCCAACAUGGGCUUCAGGUCGGCACGUUACUCACGUGGGCAGACCGGAUAUUAUCUUUCGUCGAGAACGGCGAUUUCCUGAGCGCCAUCGAGCUGGUCCGUUCGUACUACCUCGGUGAAGCGCCCGGGAACAGAAACGGGCUUCCUGACAAGCCGGACAAGCUGAAAGAAGUAGUCGGCGAGAAGAUGCGGGACCUGAUGACAGCAUCGGCUCGCUAUGCCUUCUCGGAGGAUCGGAUGAUGGAUGGGACCCACGUCACACCAGAUGGCCGCGGAGUCGACCGGACGUCGCUUUUCGAAGAACUGGUUCAGACUUGCGCUCGUGCGUGCAUAGCUCUGGACGACUACGAGUUCCUUUGGGAAGAUCUAUUCCAAUAUUAUGACGACAACGGCAUCACACGCAUAUACCUAUUGCAACUGGAACCAUUUAUCCUUGACGGCGUCAUCCGACAUGUACCACCACGGAUCACUCAGCAACUCAUCACAUUGCAUGACGUGGACAACAAGCCCAGCCUGGCGGAGAGGGUCAUAUGGCACAUUGAUCCGGACUGCCUAGAUAUCAACCAAGCGAUCGCGCUAUGCCGGAAACACAGACUAUAUGACGCCUUGAUUUAUGUGUUCACUCGGGCACUCAAGGACUAUGUGUCCCCAAUCGUGGAGCUUCUUGGCCUUAUCAGGCAGGUUCAGCAAUACCGCAGGGCACGCAUGGAAGCCUCUCCAGAUUCUGGGGCGUACGUCGACGGCGACGCGAUCGAGGAGACCAUUCUAAACGCUUACAAGAUCUAUCCGUACUUGGCCGACGUCUUGACGGGAUUGACAUAUCCGUCUGAAGACCCUAUCCCUGAGGACGAAGGGGAACAGGCACGAAACGAUGUCUACACGUUCAUUUUCUUCGGUCGUUCCAGUGUCUGGCCAGUGGGCGAAGGCGGGAAGCUGGUGUUGACAUCCGAUGAGGAGAAUGGGGUGGAACCGACGUACCCAUAUGCCCGGCUCUUACUCCGGUUCGACCCGGAAGCGUUCCUUCACACCCUUGAUUUAGCCUUCGAAGAUACUUAUUUGAACGAAGAGACCAGGAGCAUUAGUCGAUUGGUGAUUGUCAAGAUCUUGCUCGAGAUCUUGGCGUCUCCAGAGCUUGCCCCCGACGAGCGGACAUUCGUCCACAUCUUUAUCGCGAGGAACAUACCCAAGUACCCUCAAUACCUGGAGAUAGCGCCCAGCACGUUGCAUAGCAUUUUGGUUGGUCUUAUAGAAGACCCGGAUGAGAGCACUCGCGAGGAUCGUCAACUUGCCGCGGAGUAUCUGCUGUCCGCGUAUACGCCCCAUGACAGUGAAGACAUUCUGGUGCUGUUCGAGGAGGCUGGGUUCUACAGGAUUCUGCGUUCUUGGUACAGACAAGAGAAUCGCUGGUCAUCGCUUUAUACGACUUUCUUGCAAGAUCCGGAUCUUCCUCGCACAACAUUGCUUCCUUCCCUAGAUGAUGUGCUCCACAUUGCAAAACGAAAGAACAAGGGGAUGUUGCCCAAAGACGUCGCUGACGUGGUGUCCGAGUCGUUGCCAGCCCUCCUCCAUGCCAGCAUCUCCGGCACAGCAGCCUUGCUUGACAAGUACUUACCCGAUUUUCACGAGCGUGCGGUAGAAUCAUUUGGCCCAGACGAGGACCGAGAGCGUUUCGAGUACUUGCACUAUUUGCUCGGUUCGCCACAAUCCGCCCAGGAAGAAGCUUCAGUAGAUCCUAUGCGAAAGGGUGGUCCAUCAUCUCACGUAGCGCCUAGUCUCCGCCGACUGUACCUUUCACUACACUGCCUCUACGAUCCUUCUGGCAUUAUUCCAACUCUUCAAUAUCUUCCUCGUGACUUCAUCGACAUACCUGCGAUUGUCGAGACAUGUGAAAGCCAUCGUGUAUACGACGCCGCAAUCUGGCUCCUCGAUCGCGAGGGCGACUCGUCUGCAGCCCUGGAGAAGGCGGAAUCCUAUGAGAAGGCAUUGUCAGUCCGGAUCGCGGUAACGCUCGUCAGUGAACCGCUUGCGGAGCAAGACAUCUGGGACUUUGUCCAGAGUCUCGAAUGCAUUGCUCACACUUCCGUAGCGAUCUGCGUCGAACGCUCAAAACCUGGUUCGGACAUAUCAUUGCCGCUCGAGGAUGUUUGGUUCCGUCUGCUCAAGAACCAACUCGACUCUGUGCAUAGAGUAGUGAGCUGCAGGCCAUCAGCAGUUGACUCGACAAUCGCGGAAUCGUCGGAUAUCAUCCGGGCGGUCACUGCCUCCUUACGCUCAAUUCUACAGAACACAUUCGGUUCGCUCAUGUCGACCAGCUCCACAAAAGUCACUUCGCUGCCUCGCUUGUUCAAGCGGCUGGUCGAGUCAAUGCAGGGCAAUCAAGCAUCCAAGGGCGCUCUCUACGCAGAGUUCAGGACAAUCUUGACCGGUAUGCUGGAAUCAUACAGGUCGGAUGGGGACAUGCUCAUCAUCUCAAAACACCUCGUGGACCGUGACCUUUUCGAGACACUCGAAGAAUUCGCACUGCAGCGCGUCCGGGGUUGGGCGCCGUCGCAAGGAACAUGCUAUUCCUGCGGAGAAUCCUUCGUCAGCAACAAAGUGCAGGUGGCGACGACGAACGGGACUCAGGACCACCGGAACGACUCUCCGAUUAUUGUAUCUCGGACAGGCGCUAUAUACCAUAGUAGAUGCUCACCGCCUGAUAUUCCUACUAAUACCCUCAGUGUACAUUAAAACAUGGAUAUGGUGUAAACGUCCCGGGAUGCGAACAGGGUAUCUAAUCAAGACU